GCUCGUACCACAAAGACAUACAGACACGCCAGCUCCAAGCUCAACGGGGACAAACACACUGUUAUUUUCGCUAUGGUCCGAUCAACAACGGUUGUCCGCGCAUCUGACGCCCUCCCUCUUGCCGCUAGCGUCGAUGAUGAACAGACAGAACAAGACCUUCAGGAGCACAAGCAGCAGGCCAAACUCAUCUUCAGGCGCAUAACGCCAAACUCAGAACCUAGGUGCUCUAUUGAAAGCGGUGCUUAUACGCUACAUUACCUUCUCGUCGAUAAUGUCGUCUAUCUUACCAUAGCGGACAAGUCGUAUCCGCGUAAACUCGCCUUCUCUUACCUUGAGGAACUCCAAAAGGAGUUCGCUGUGUCAUACGGCCCUAAGGUCGACUCUGUUCGCAAGCCUUAUGCGUUUGUCGGUUUCGAUACUUUCAUGUCGAAAACUGCACGCCUCUACCGGGAUACAAGAGCCGCAAGUGCAGCAGGAGGAUCAAAUCUGGACAAGUUGAAUGACGAACUGCACGAUGUAACGAGAAUCAUGACCAAAAACAUGGAAGAACUGCUGUGGAGAGGAGACUCGUUAGACAGGAUGUCGCACCUCUCGUCGUCUCUCCGCUCCGAAUCCGAGAAAUACCGGAAAGCCGCACGGAACAUCAACGUUCAGGCGAUGCUACGACAAUACGCACCAGUUGGAGCGGUUGUGCUCCUCCUCUUCAUCUUUAUCUACUGGCGGUUCUUCUGAUGUCAUUCGAACGUGUACCCUCCGCCCGGCUCUUCCUUUCAAUAGACACAUGCAUCCAUGGACUAGGAAACUUUGAUUAUCUUAUGAUCUACCGCCAUGAAUUUACAUCGCCGAGCAAAUUCAUCUGAAAAUAUACGAAUAGC